GAUAAACAAUUCAGUUUGCUAAAUACUGUAAUGUUCCGUCGAGUUUCGUGGUACAAAGUAGUACUUUUUGUGUUUGUAUGCUGUUCAUGGUACCACAUAAUUUAUCUCAGCUGGAAAUUGUCUAGAGAAUUAAAUUAGAACAAUGCCUCUCACUGCUGAUGUUGCCGCUCAACAAGUGCAGGAGCGUUUAAGAGCAUUGCACCGGUAUAUAUAUGAUAUUGAAGCAGAGAGAGGAAGAAGUGAACAAUGCAUUGAUCAGAUUCUCAGAGCGGAAAAGGCAGUGGAAUCUUCACCAUCUAAUGAUGAAUCUUCAGGAUCGUCACAGCAACAAAUGCAGUUGAAAAACUUAUACAAGGCCGGGCUGACGGCGGCGGAACAAGAGGAACGCGUUAUCCGUCUAGCUCUGUCCAAGAUAUAUGAAAUAAGGGCUAUUAAAAAUGAAAGACGUAUUCAGGCGCGGCACGCGGGCAAUAAGGAGACGAUAGGGUGCGGCGCGCUGAUGAAGAUGCUGCUAAGUGCAGCCCAGACUUUGCCACUCCACGUGGGCCGCGUGGGAGAGCGCGCUCCUGCUCUGUGUGGCGCGCUGCCGGCGGACGCGGGUCACGUGGCGCGACCUGGGGACGCCGUCGCUGCACUUGUGCGUGUCUCUGAUAAGGAGGAGAACUGGAUUCUCGCGGAGGUAGUGAGCUGGUUGCCAGCUCAGGGUAAGUACGAGGUGGACGACAUAGACGAGGAGCAGAAGAACCGUCACGUGUUGAGCAAGCGGCGCGUGGUGCCACUCCCGCUGAUGCGCGCUGAUCCGCGCACCGACGAGCAGGCGCUCUUCCCCAAGGGUGCAGUCGUGAUGGCGCUUUACCCGCAGACCACCUGCUUCUAUCGCGCAGUCGUCAACAGAUUGCCUACAUCCGCCGCCGACCCCUACGAAGUUCUCUUCGAGGAUUCAUCUUACGCGGAUGGUUACUCGCCGCCGGAGCGCGUGGCGCAGCGCUACGUGAUCGCCAUCAAGGAGGGCAAGGGGCGGAGCACCUGACCCCACCCCCGCGCCCCGCCCCACGCGCGCCUCGCCCCGCCCCCGCCGCA